AUGGUUCUUGUGCGGGAGAAAAUGCUUCCCAGCCUCACCUUGCUGCUGCCGAUCUUUCAGGAAGCUGUUGAUCCACUGACAAGUGGAGGCCGGGUCUUUGAGCUGGAUGAGCUUCUGGUGGAGGAUGUCUCGGUUGAUAUUGUUGAGGUCCACAAACAGGAUCCUUGCGCUUUCAGGCAUGAUGGGGAGACAUUAUCAGGUCUUGAGGCCUUCGUUGUUUUCAGGCAUGGAAAGAGCCUAUUUACAUCUUCCUCUGAGAUCCUUAAUGCAGGCACGGGAUCUGAAGGUUUCGGUAGAGCAGAGGACGGCAGAUCCGUGGAGGUCCGAGUUUUUACAGAGAUCACCAAAUGGUGGCAGAAAACAACACAAAAACGAGCAGAAAACAAGAGGGCAAAGCACCGAGGCUGCCAUCAGCAGCACCAUCUUGGAUCUUUCGGCGAUGAUGAUGGGGAUGUGCUCUAUGCUAACUUUGGAGACAAUGUCACUUUGCAUUGUUUCUACACCUCCAGUGCCAAACAUCUUAGCUGGUACAAGCAGGUACCAGGAGAACCACCUCAGAUAAUAUCUUCUUUUUACAAACACCUUCCAGACUCCAACAUCUUCCACAAGCAGUUUAAGGACAGCAAGCAACUUUCAGUUUAUACUGGGGAAGGGCUCUUCAGUCUAAGGAUCUCCAAUGUCCAAGACCCCGAUUCAGCAUUGUACUACUGUGGCUACACCAUCAUUACUGUCACUGAGUUUGACAAAGGAACAUUUUUAUUGCUAAAAAAUUCCAGUUGCAGGUCUAUCCUCCACCAGCCAGACUCCAUCUCUGUCCAACCAGGAGGCUCUGUGACUCUGAACUGCACCGUGCUCACUGGAAACAUUAAUGGAGAGCACAGUGUUUACUGGUACAAGAAGAACUCAGAGGGAUCCCUUUUGGGAACAUUGUACACAAUGACACGCAGUGGUGGUCUGUGUGUUAGGAGCUCUGAGAACAAUUCUCCUUUGAACAGCUGUGUGUUCAGUUUACCAAAGAGGAAUGUGAGUGUUUCUGAUGCCGCAAUGUAUUACUGUGCUGUGGCUUCAUGUGGACAGAUCCUGUUUGGGGCAGGAACAAGAUUAAGUGUGGGAGAGAAACAGUUUGAAACCAUGUUGGUGCAUGGAGGGAUUGCAGCCCUGACUCUUUCUCUGAUCUUAAACAUAAUCUUGAUUUUUAUUCUCUGUCAAAAUGCCAGACGAAGAAAACAUCAAUUACAAGGAUCUCAUCAACAGCCAAAACAUGCUGCUGACACUCAGAAUGAAGAAUUCACGGCGGUACAGUAUGCAGCCCUGGAUUUCAAACAGAAGCCAGACGCAAGAAACAGACAGGAGAACAAAGAGGAGGACACAAUUUACUCCAGAGUCAGACAAUCCAACCUGAAGUGAUUGGGAUGUUUAAAUAGAACAGGCACUGCUGCUUCUUGCUUUCUGAUAUCUGUGCUUAUAAUAAUUAACAAGGACUGGGUCGGAACAUUUAGCUGGUGGCUACAAGGCUUAUCUACAGGGUAACGGCUGCUUUGUAAUAUAGACUAUGUGCUGUCCCUGACUAAAUAGACUUAAAAGAAUAAAUCCACAGCAGAGUAUAGCGCAAAAAAGGAGAUGUUUUCGAUGGUUUAUGUGUAAAAUGACACUGUUAUCAGCUUUGGCUCAGUCAGGAUCAGCCAGAUAGAAAUCCUGUGUUUUAUUGGCUGGUACCUGCUAUACCACAGAGCACCUCGGUCAAAAAAUUUAAAAUAUUUCAACUUUGAUUGGAGGGAAAGCUCUAACAAACAAAAAGCUCUUGUGUUUUGCUCCAUGCAGCACAAAACCAUUGUUGCUUGACAAAUUGAAUAUACAAUGUUUAUAAGGAGACUAAAAGAGUUCAAAUUAUUUGCUAUUGCCAAAUCUGACACAACAGAGGUUGUAAGUUCAAAUGUUAAAAGAGAACAACAUUUCUGUAGUCUUUUCAGCCUUCCUGUUCUGUGCUAAAAGCCUGGUUCUCUAUUGCUUGACCUUGGUUUGUCUGUUUUCAGUAGGAUUUGAUAACUUUUACGGGGAAUGUAUUCACUGACUGUGAAAAGAAUUUAUUAUUAAUCUUUAAGCCAGCAGGUAAAGUGGCAGUCAAGCUGAAAAUUAGCCAAUUACAGUCAACCGCCAAUUGCUCUGUGAUCUUUGUCUUUAUUCAUUCUUACGCUUAACUUCAAAGGUAAUAAGCAAAUAUACCCAUAUAUAAGCAAAUUA